UGAAGGCCUGAGUCCAAGGAAGGGAAAGAGAUGUCGGAAGGGGAAAUCACAACAUUUACUGCUGUGACAGAAAAAUUUGAUCUGCCAAUGGGAAAUUACAAGAAGCCCAAGCUUCUUUAUUGCAGCAAUGGAGGUCACUUCCUGAGGAUACUUCCCGAUGGCAAAGUGGAUGGCACAAUGGACCGAAAGGACAGACACAUUCAAUUACUAUUCAGCACAGAAAAUUUGGGCGAGGUAUAUAUAAAGAGCACUGAAUCUGGACGAUACUUGGCUAUGGAUGCCAAUGGAUGCUUAUAUGGCUCACAGUUGCCAGCAGCAGAGUGUUUGUUCCUGGAAAGGAUGGAAGAAAACCAUUACAAUACUUACACGUCAAAGAUGCACGCAGAUAAGAACUGGUUUGUUGGCUUGAAGAAGAAUGGAAAAAGCAAACUGGGACCGCGGACUCAUUAUGGCCAGAAGGCAAUUCUUUUCCUUCCUCUGCCAGUGUCACCUGAUUAGAUUGCUCCCCCCGCUCAGAAAAGUUGUCCUUUAAAAUUAAGUAGCCAGUAACCUUUCCCCUUUGUCCCCUUUGAUUCUUUCUCACACUGGAAAUAAAAAAAGAUGGGACACAAAGUACAUGAGAUGAAAAACAUGCACUGAAUCUCUAAAAUGUCCACGUAGCCCCAACAAUAUAGUGGCAUACCACAGCAUUAUUUACAAAAUGAAUCAAUUAACAGCCCUAGAAAAGCAUUUAUCUUAGGUUAUAGUUCCCGUAGCCAUGUACACCCUAUAACAAAGCUUCCCAUUUUGAAAGCACAUAUUUAGAACAUAUGGUCUGUUUCAAAGUUAUAUAAGACAGGUUCUAAGAAUACUUGUGUAUCACACAGAAGCAUAAUCAAACAUACUUAAACUAUCCUACCAUUUAAAACAAAUAGACCAUGUGCCAAGGAGAAAGAAAAGCUAGUAUUUUUAUCUUUUAGUAAUAUUGCUUUGGUUCUUAUUUUUGAUGUAUGAAAUAUGUAUAUUUAUUUAUUAUGUAAAAGUGCAUUCACUUUAAACUGUUCCAUUUUAACUAUAGACAAUCAUUGGUGUAGAAUAUAGAAUUCCCCACCCCCAAGUGGUUUAAAUCACAUGAGCUUAUUACAAUCAAACUGAAAAUUAUACAAGUCAGUGAGACUGAAAUCAGUGCUCUUUAAAUGUUUAACUGUGUGCCUAAAUUUCAUGGCUUAAAAGUUUGGGUCAUGCAUUGGUUUCCCUGUGUUGAUGUGAGGUUUUCCAGUACAGCCAGUGGUUUCCCACCAAGCCAGAGAUCUGAUAGACACAAAUCCCACCAGCCAUAUAAGCCAUGGGAACACUGCCUCUGAUUAAAAGCAGUCAUCAGCUUAAUAUUGUUACAACUUGACUUUUGGGUCUAGAAUGUUGUAAUUUCUCCCGCCAGCCAUUUCACAAUCUAUGGACCAUAUGAUCUCUCAGUUGCCUACUGCUGACUUAGGCCAAUCUGGGCUGGAACUGCAGCAAUGCAACAUGUCACAAAACAGGUUUUGUUUCAUUUUGUUUGGUUUUGUUUGGAACAGCAGAGAUAAGUAGAAUUAUAACAGAAUCUAAUGUUUGUCUGUAUUUACAUUCCACCACAUUGUCCUACCCAGGUCUCAUGCAACAUAGCCUGAUGAUAAAAUUGCUAUGUGGUUGAAUGAGCAGAUUCCCUAACUAUACGCCAGAGUAAGCAAAAGUCAACUGACUCUCAUUGCUCUUUUUCCAUGUGAGAUUUAUUUAUUUACACUGAUUUCAAAAAUGCUCUACUCCAGGUGACUCUGGGCACUUGACAUAAUUAAAGCAGAACAAUAAAAGAGAAUCAGAUGAUAUGCAUUCAGAUAGAUUGAAUACAACAGAACAAAAUUAUACAAAACAAAAUCUUACAGUGGCUCACCCACUACUUUGUCCCAAGGCCUGGGAAAAUAGCCAUGUAUAACAUCAGUGUCGGAGCCAUAUGGAUCUUUGGGGGAAUACUAUUCCAGAGCGCAGGUGCCUCCAAGGCCCUGACAGAUAACGCUGUUUAACAGAAGGGACUUUAAGUGCACAAACUCUGCUGGAUUUUACCAGGUGGGCAAAAACAUGAUAUGUGCGACCCUUUAUUAAUAUGCAGAUCAGAGGUACUGUAUAGAUUUCUUAAACUGGUUUAAUUCCAUGAAUGUCCAUGACUUUGAAAGAAUAAGCCAGUAAGUGUAAUUAUACUACUGUUAUAAAGGUAAUGCAGAUAUUAUGUGCACAACAGUCAUUCAAAAGGAAGAUAGGAGGGCAAGAGUUGGGAAAUGAAUACUGGAGAACUGAAUGAAAAUUAUUAUAGGCUCCUACCACCUUGCAUACAGUUCAGAAUCUUCAAGCUGAAAGAUAUACAUUGCUAAUUCCUGCAUUGCCCUGUGCUUGAAACUAAUAUCUGCAGAAAAGUCCUGAAGUGCCCAGCAGGUUGAAUGUAAGUUGCAAGAGACGACAACAUGUUUCUCAUUGGAUAAAGAGGGCCUACUGGUUCAUUGUCCUGGAUUACAUUAGACUACUUGCAUAGAACUCUGUUUGCUUUGAUUGUAUUGGUUUGUGUA